AUGGGCGGGCUGGAGCUUCCCAGUUUAGACCAGCUGCUGGACGCCACCUCGGACUAUUAUGAUGUGAAUGUGAAGAGGCGGUCCUGGUCCUGGCAGCAGUACCUAACUGAGCAGAAGGCUGAAGCUGCUCCGCUCACAGUCUUUACCGAGUCUCAGACCUUUCCUAGUAGAAAAACUGGUUUUAAAGUUGGGAUGAAGUUGGAAGGCAUUGACCCAAUGCACCCCUCCAUGUUUUGUGUGGUGACCAUUGCAGAGGCGAUUGGCUGUCGGCUACGCCUUCAUAUCGAUGGGUACUCGGAGUGUUAUGACUUCUGGGUAAAUGCAGAUUCACCCAAUAUUAGACCGGCAGGCUGGUGUAAAGAGCACAACCACAAGCUUCAUCCACCUAAAGGUCACAGUGAGACAGAGUUUGACUGGCAGCAGUACCUUCAGUCCACAGACUCUCAGUCUGCACCAGCAGCCCUGUUCACAUGUUGCACUGGAGGAUGUGGGUUCAGGGUGGGGAUGAAAUUGGAGGCAGUCGACAGAAAGAAUCCUGGACUUGUCUGCGUCGCCUCUGUUGCUGAUGUCAUCGAUGACUGCUUCCUUGUUCACUUUGACAACUGGGAUGACACAUAUGAUUACUGGUGUGACAGUAGCAGUCCAUACAUCCAUCCGGUGGGCUGGUGUGAAGAACAGGGACGACCUCUUACUGCGCCACAGGGUCACCCCAACCCUGAAAACUUUGUUUGGGAGGAAUACCUUCAGGAGACCGGUUCUACUGCUGCUCCUAUUUCAGCCUUUACUCUGAGAGCGCCACAUGGUUUCCAGGUGAACCAUAAGCUUGAGGCAGUUGACAGGAGAAACCCUAUGCUAAUACGCGUUGCCACAGUAACAGACACAGAGGACUACAGGGUGAAGGUAAUGUGUGUCUGUGUGUGUAACAUAAAAGUUAUAACAAAGUCAGCCUUCCAUCACCUGAGGAACAUUUCUAGGAUUAAAGGACUGAUGACACAAGGAGACCUAGAAAAACUCAUCCAUGCAUUUAUCUCUAGCCGCCUUGAUUACUGUAACAGUAUCGUCACAGGUUUAAAAAAUCAAUUAGACAACUUUUGUGUUUCUCUUUUGUUAAAUGUUUGUCUGACUCUGUCACCUAGUGCCUUUGGCUGUCCAUAUUCUGACAUUAACAUGCGUAAGGAGAUGGUGCUUCCUGAUAGGCUGGGCGGAGAACGAGUCAUAACCCUCAUACCUGUCACCGUGCGCCAGCAUGACAACCAGUCAGACAGCACGAGCUUUCAGAAGGCAGAACCCAGAGACGAGGAGCUGCUGGUUCCUCUUGGCAAGAGAAGAAGGCUGACAGACAGAACCACCCGAAUGCCCCAGCCAACCACAUUCCUUCGUGUGAAACAGGAAGAGGAGGAGCCUCGUCUCAGAGUCCUCAGCCCAGAAUCCAGUCUGCAGGCCGCCCUCCACCAGUCUGUCUUCCUCUCAGCCAUGUCAGCACAGCCCAGCCGCGACCUGUCACUAUGCUGGGAGCAACACCGCAAAUUGUUGCCAGGUGUCGCAGGAGUCCACGCUGAGACUGUCCAACACUGGAGCGUCCAACAGGUGUCAGAUUUCAUAGAGUCUCUCCCCGGCUGUGAGGAACAGGCCAAACAGUUCAGAGACGAGCAAAUUGAUGGACGGGCCUUCCUCCUGCUCACCCAGCGGGACAUCAUCCGGAUUAUGUCAAUCAAACUCGGUCCUGCCCUCAAGAUCUACAAUUCCAUCCUGAUGUUCAAACACGCUGAGGACAGAAGCCGAUCACAUGCUAAGGAUAGGAGCCAAUCACAUGUUGAGCAUACCAAUACUUGACAUUUGCAGCUCGUAACUGACCAAAUCCAAACCUGAUAGACCCCAUUACCAUGGCAUCUACCCCUUAUUCUCUGAUCCGGACGAGCCAUGUUUUCCAUCCUGUUGUCACCUGAAUUUGUUUGACGUUACAGUGACCUUUCUGUUGGCAGGUCCUGUGACGUCAUUUCGACAUUCAGUUACUGUCAUCAUUAUCACUUCAUGUGAAAACAACCAACCGUCACUUAGGGAAACUGCCCUUUGGAUGGGGCACAGCUUUAUUCAGGUGAACUAAAAACUGGAGGCAAAGCUUUAAGUGGGACUUACAACUUGUAUGAUCAGCAGUGGCAGGUCUGCCAGGAAACAUGGCUGUGCUCAGUUGAUUGUCUGAGAUGUUCAGAAAAAAAAAUCUGCAUCAAAACAUCUUGAGAUAGAUUUUUUGUUAUUUUAUCUGUAAAUCAGUCCUGGGAAGUAGUUUCACCGUUAUCUGAUCCAAGUUGCUUUAUUUGAUCAUAUUUACUUGUAAUGUUAAGAUAUCAGGGAAAAAAAUCAAAACACACAUGUCAAAUUAAAAAAGGCGCCUUCAGAACAUUAAA